ACUUGAGGACACGGGCCCCGCAACCAGAUGGUCCGCAGGAGAGCCGCCAGCUCCAGCCGCAGCUCCGGGAGCGGGAGAGCCCCGCCGCGCCGCACGGACUGAGCCGCCCGGGCGGGCAGCGCAGCGGGGCCGUGCCCAGCGCCGGGCUCGGGAGACCCCCACCCGACGGCGGCCGCUCGAUCCCGUGCCGGGGGGGCCCCCCGCGCCGUCUUCUCCUCCCCGCAUCCCCCUUUGCUUUCAUGCAACGCCUGGUGGCCUGGGACGCAGCAUGCCUCCCCAUUCAGCCGCCCGCCUUUAAAUCCAUGGAAGUGGCUAAUUUCUAUUACGAGGCGGACUGUCUGGCUGCUCUCAACAAGCUGCACCCGCGGGCGGCCGGGGGCCGCUCCAUGACCGAGCUUACCGUAGGGGACCACGAGAGAGCCAUUGACUUCAGCCCCUAUCUGGACCCCUUAGCAGCAUCCCAGCAGCCGGCGCAACCGCCGCCUCCCGCAGCAGCAGCAGGGGGCAACUUUGAGCCUGCCUGCAGUAGCGGCGGCCAAGAUUUCCUUUCCGAUCUCUUCGCCGAGGACUAUAAAGGCAGCGGCGCCGGCAAGAAGCCCGACUACACCUACAUCAGCCUCGCCCGGCACGGCCACCCGUGCGGCAGCCAGAGCCACAAGCCGGGGGGGCUGCCGGGCUGCUUUCCGCCCCAGAUCGUGGAGACCAAAGUGGAGCCUGUCUUCGAGACCCUGGACUCUUGCAAAGGGCCCCGUAAGGAAGAAGGGGGAGCGGGGCCGGGACCGGGGGGCAUGUCCUCGCCCUACGGCAGCACCGUGCGCUCCUACCUGGGCUACCAGUCGGUGCCGAGCGGCAGCAGCGGGAACCUGUCCACCUCGUCCUCUUCCAGCCCCCCCGGCACCCCGAACCCCUCCGAGUCCUCCAAGUCGGCCGCCGGGGCCGGGGGCUACUCGGGGCCGCCGGCGGGAAAGAACAAGCCCAAGAAGUGCGUGGACAAACACAGCGACGAGUACAAGCUGCGCCGGGAGCGGAACAACAUCGCGGUGCGCAAGAGCCGCGACAAAGCCAAAAUGCGCAACCUGGAGACGCAGCACAAAGUCUUAGAACUGACGGCCGAGAACGAGAGGCUGCAGAAGAAGGUGGAGCAGCUCUCCCGGGAGCUGAGCACCCUCAGGAACUUGUUCAAACAGCUUCCCGAGCCCCUGCUCGCCUCCUCGCCCCGCUGCUGACCCCCGCGCCGGGCCGCGGGGCGAGCCGAGCGCUGCCCCCCUACGCCCUCCUCCCGGGACCGGGCUGCGUUUUCGGUUUCGUUGGGGGUUUCGUUGUUGUUGUUGUUUGUUGUUGUUUCGGUCUCUAUUUGCUUCCCCCCUCUAUCCCCGGGGCCAGGGGGCGGCGGGCGGCGCGGGGAGGGGGAGGGGGAAGGCCGUGGCCCCGGGGCUCUGCUGGGCGCUGGGGUUAUUUAAAACGGCGAGAGGAGAGCGAGGGUGAAGUGAUGCAAUCCUUUAAGCAUGGCUGGGAAUGCUGUGUACAUGAUGCAAUCUCGUGUAACUGUCAGUCAUGGAUUGAGUAAUCUGUUAAAGAUGUUCCUACAGUUUUUUUUUAUUAUAAAGAAUAAUCUAUUUCUAUAAGAAAAUACAUAUGUAUAUUUUGGGAUCUAUGCAUUCUUGCUACAUUUGAAGCAUUAAUGAACGAUUUUAAUAAACUUUAUGACUAGGUUAAAAAAAGUAGCUUGUUUUAUUUUGAGGGUACGUUUCAAGUCAGAUGAAAUGCAGGGCUGACAUUCCAGCUGGAUCUGGCUCGGUGCUGCCAGCAGGGAUAGGACUCGCGUUGGUCUUUUGGCUUUCUCUGUGACUGAGAAAAACAGAAACAAAAACCCCAGGAGAAACCCAGCAAAGAGCAGAGCUGGAGGCUUCAGCCAGUUUUCAUCGUCUCAUUUUGGUUCCUCUAAUCACUUGCUUGAGCUGCCUCUUGGGUAUUGUCUGGGAAGAGGUGUUUGUUUGGGGUGGUGUUUUUUGCAUUUCUUGCUGUUUCCAGUGUGCAGAGCGAGGUGUGCUGUCCAAACCAUGACUGAUCUGGUGAAGUAACUGCAAGGCUGAAGUGGGAAGAAAAAUUUACAGGAAUAAACAUGGGAAAGUAGUGCUUCUGUUGGAUGUCGGUAAUGUGGUCCCUGCUCGGAAGCUCUCGCGAAAGCCACCAG